CUGCCCACAGCCCCACAACUCCGACUGCCCCAUGGCUCCAGCUGCCCCACAGCUCUGACUGCCUCCUGGCAGGGAACUGCAGUGGGAAAUGAGUCACAGGGUGGGGAGAAGCAACUCGCCAGAGUCCCUGCUCAGCAUCCUCGUCACGGUGCUUUUCCCAGGCUCUUGAUCCCGCUUCCCUUACUCCUUCCUGCCUGCACUUCCUUGCCCACACUGGGAACACAGACCUGACCCGACUCCAGCAACGGGACUCUGCAAAGGAGCUUUUGUCCUGGUGAUGGCCCAAACCUGCUCCGAACUGACCUGCUCGCUUCCACCUCCCCUAAGGCAUCCUCCAAGAGUGAGGGACAGAUCCUGCCCUGCGGCGCUGGGCUCCAGGGCUGAGCCCCGCCAGGGCGGGAGCACAUGGAUCUGCGUGGGCAGGAGCCGGUUCAGCGCCGGGAGGUGGAGAUGCUCUUGGCGAGCGGUUGGGAAUAGCUCCCGGCACCCGUCUGAGCCGAAGCUGGCGCUGGCGGGGCAGGGUGCGGUGCAGCUGGCUCAGCACCCACAGAUGCCGGCGGGCAGCCAGGUCCGGGGGCUGAGUUUCGGUGGGAUUGACUCAGCAGGGAGGGUGAUGGCGGAGCUGUGUUCACCGCACCGUGCUUUGGCACCGCCACGCCCAGCCUCUGCCCCAACCCUGGGAGCUGCUGGGCUGCCCUGGGGGCCGGGAAGGGCUCUGGGUGCUGCAGGGUGAGGAGGGGCAGGAGAAGGGGCGAGUCCCUGCCUCCAAGGACCCUUGGUGGCCCCAUGGUGCACAGGACUGGCUGCGAGGCCACGGGACGUGGAUUUUCCUUCCCCCUCUGCAAUGGGCAUGGUGUAGAGAUGCCUCCAGCGCUCUUUUCCUCGGUGGGAAUGUCCCCUGUUACACUGGGAUGGAGAUCGGUCUCUUCCCAGCAUCCUGGUGGGACUUGAUCUUCCUGGGGACAUCAGGGCUGUGUCCCAGGCUGCCGGCUGGAGUGGGAGCUGCAGCUGGCAAAGCCUCUUGGCCAGAGCUGAGCUCGUGCCCCCACCAGAGACUCAGGAUCCAGCACUUGCAGAGCGAGAAGUCACCCUCCAGGUGCCUGGGUCCCUCCUGGGGACACGUGCAGCCGGCUCCGUGGCAGGGCUGGGGGCUCAGCACUGUGGGUGCAGCCCCCUCGGGGUGCCGACCCCUGGUGCACCCCCGGGCAAUGUGUCUCUGCCCCAUGGUGGGAUGCAGGAGCCCUUGGACACUACUCCCACCCCAAGGGACUCCGAAGCCUUCCAGUACUGUCCCCUGCCUGUGACUAGAAACGGGGUGCCAGGGUUCCCCCCUGCCAUCCCUGCCGCAGCCCUGGCAGCCUGGUCCGUGCAGCAGGAGGCUGCAGAAAUGUCCCCCAUCCCUGGGAACGUGCUCCCCCCGCUGAAUAAUUGCAGGGCUAAAUAUAACCCUGCUGGUGGCCAGCGUCCCUCCGAGGACGCCUGCGCAAAGUCGUUCCAUUCCAGGGGUCCCUGCCACCAGGACCGGGCGCCGCGGUGCCAUGGGGGCCGGUGGGCACCUCUGUCCCCACCCCAGGACCCCACUGCAGGGGCUCAGCUCCUGGCUGAGCUCGGUGGCCCAGAAGAAGGGUGAGAUGCCACUAUGGGGCUGGCUGGGUCCUUUCCUGCUCCCGUAGCCCAAUCCCAGCCCCUUCCCCGGCCGUGGGGCUCGGGGGGCUAUGGUGGGUCCCAGUCCCUGCCCUCCGGGCUGCGCGGGUGGCCAAGCUGGAUCCGAUGUCAGGAGGAGGAGGAGAACGGGAACCGAACAGGUCCCCCCCGGAGCCGCCUGGAGCCCAUGGACACCAUCUUUGUGAAGAACGUGCGGGAGGACGGGCCAGCGCACCAGGCUGGGCUGCGCACCGGGGACCGGUUGGUCAAGGUGAAUGGGGAGAGCAUCAUCGGGAAAACCUACUCACAGGUCAUCGCGCUGAUCCAGAACAGCGACGAUGUGCUGGAGCUCUCCAUCAUGCCCAAGGAUGAGGACAUCCUCCAGCUGGCAUAUUCGCAGGAUGCCUACCUGAAGGGCAACGAGCCGUACUCCGGCGGGGCGCAGAGCAUCCCGGAGCCACCUCCCAUCUGCUACCCGCGGAAGACAUACCCUUUCCAGACCCGGGGUGCCGAGCCCCUCCCGGGCCAGCUGCCGGACCCCCGCACCCACCCGCCCUUGUCCCCGCACGGCACAGCCACGCUCACCAGCACCCAGAGCGACGCGGGCGGCAGCCCCGCGCAUCGCCCCAGCGAGGGUCCCCCCCAGCGCCCCACCGCACCCCACGGGCACCCCGGCUCCUUCUCCCGCACCGGCUGCUCCAGCAACGUCGCAUCCUCUCUGCCCGAGCGCUACGGGAUCCCUCCUGCCGCCUCCUCCUGCUACGGGAGCCCCAAGAACCUCCCGGAGCACCGGACUCACUGCGGCUUCAAGGAGAGUGUUGGGGGGCUGGCGGGGGCUGCGCGGCUGCCCCGGGAGGCAGCGGGCACCCAGCGGGCACCGGGCCGUCAGGAAUGCCAGCAGGCUCUAUCCCGCUGGUUUUGCAGUCAGGAGCCGCGGCGCAGCGCCUCGGAGGAGCGCCGGCGCGCCAUGCCGCCCCGCUACCGCAGCGUGUCCCAGGACCGGCUGGGGGGCUCGGCGGCCGCCCCGCGGGGCUGGCCCCACAGCACCUCGCACGACACCCUGCUCUAUCCCACCCGCGAGGGUUGGGCGCCCCGCGCCCGCUCCGACCACCACCUGGGCAGGUACGGGCGCUCCAUGGAGGCUCUGGAACCCAGUGCCUUGCUCUCCCCUCGCCACGACCGCGGAGUGUGGCCACCUGAGAGGAUCUGCCGGGCUACUGCCGCCACCACCGGGCAACCCAUCCCACACAGCUCCUUUGCGCCUUCCUCCUCCUCAUCAUCGCGGGAGCCAGCGCCCGUGCAGAAGCACCCAUCGCAGCCCAACUUGCAAAGCGUGGAUGAUUCGGGCUAUAUUGGCUACCGGAGCUACAGCCCAUCCUUCCAGCGUCGCACUGGGCUACUGCACGCCCUUUCCUUUCGUGACCCUGCUUUUGGUGGCUUGCCCACCUUCAGCAUCUCGCAGCGGCCGGCCGCAUCGCUCCCAGAGAGGGUCCUCUCUGCCAUCCCAUCGCCCGCUGGCCCCCAACCAGUCCCCACCGCACCCAGGGAGCAGCGUCCGGAGAGCAGCCGAGUGCCCGAGCAGCCGGAGGAGCGGAGGGAAGAGGUGGUUUUGCGGCAGAAGCCACCCACGGGCCGCAAGAUGCCCCCGCCGCUGCGGCAGAUGAACUUUGUCUUCCCCGAGGGGGUGAAGGAGACAGACAUUUGUGACCCCCCACUGCCCGGCGGCAAAGGGGAGAGGCCGGUGGUUGAGCGGCAAGGCCGGCGUGUGGCUCCCUUGGCGGCCCCUGAGGACUCACUGGCAUCCAUCCCCUUCAUUGACGAACCCACCAGCCCCAGCAUCGACCUGAAGGCCAAGCACAUCCCCGCCUCCUCGGUGGUCUCCAGUGCCAUGAACUCGGCGCCUGCCGUUGCCACCAGCCCCUCCUCGCCCACCUUUGCCUUUGCCCUGAACCGGCACUACUCCCAGGACUGCAGCAGCAUUAAGGCCGGCCGCCGCUCAUCCUAUCUCCUGGCCAUCACCACCGAGCGCUCCAAGUCCUGCGAUGACGGUCUGAAUGCGUUUCGGGAUGAGGGGAAGAUUUUAAGGAGGAUGCCCAGCCGGGUCCCCAGCCUCCGCAUGCUGAGGAGCUUCUUCACCGAUGGGUCUCUGGACAGCCUUGGCACGUCCGAAGCCGCCCGCUCCAAAAGACACUCAACCUCCGACCUCUCGGACGUCCCGUUCAGCGCCGUGAGGAAGGAGGGCUGGCUCCACUGCAAGCAGAUCCUCACCAAAAAGGGGAAGAAGGUCGGUGGAGGCAUCCGGCAGUGGAAGCGCGUCUUCGCCGUGCUGCGCACCCACUCGCUGUACCUGUGCAAGGACAGGCGGGAGGCGGUGACCUGCGCCCCGGCCCCAGGUGAGGAGGAGCCGCCAAUCAGCAUCCGAGCGUGCCUGGUGGACAUCUCCUACAGCGAGACCAAGAGGAAGCACGUCUUCCGCCUGACGACCGCUGACUUCUGUGAAUAUCUCUUUCAGGCAGAGGAUCGGGAAGACAUGCUGGCCUGGAUCAAAGUCAUCAGGGAGAACAGCAAGGCUGAGGGCGAGGACCCCGGUUUUGCCAGCCAAGCGCUUAUCAACAAGAAGUUAAACGACUACCGGAAAGUGAGCCCUGCGGGCGCCAAGCCCGACUCCUCGCCCAAGGGCUCUCGCGGGCUGGGGAUCCGAGCCGAGUUCCUGAAGCAGACGGGAACCAGCGCGCCCCGGUCCCCCAGGCAGGAUGCAACCGUCACGAAAGAUGAGAGCAGCUCCCAGAAAGCCCCAUGGGGCAUCAACAUCAUGAAGAAGAACAAGAAAUCCGCCCCUCGAGCCUUCGGUGUGAGGCUGGAGGACUGCCAGCCUGCUCCAGACAACAAGAACAUCCCCUUGAUUGUCGAAGCUUGCUGCAAGAUGGUUGAGGACCGAGGGCUGGAGUAUAUGGGCAUCUAUCGUGUGCCCGGGAACAAUGCGGUGGUGUCCAGCCUGCAGGAGCAGCUCAACAAGGGAGCCACCGAGAUCAACCUGCAGGAUGAGCGGUGGCAGGACCUGAACGUCAUUAGCAGCCUCUUGAAAUCCUUCUUCCGAAAGCUGCCGGAGCCCCUUUUCACUGAUGAUAAAUACAACGACUUUAUCGAAGCCAACCGGAUAGAGGAUGCCAGCGAGAGGAUGAGGACGCUGCGGAAGCUGAUCCGGGACCUGCCGGGUCACUACUACGAGACACUCAAGUUCUUGGUGGGUCACCUGAAGACCAUUGCUGACCACUCGGAGAAGAACAAGAUGGAACCCCGAAACCUGGCUCUGGUGUUUGGCCCCACGUUGGUGCGGACAUCUGAGGACAACAUGACAGACAUGGUGACGCACAUGCCCGACCGCUACAAGAUCGUGGAGACCCUCAUCCAGCACUCAGACUGGUUCUUCAGUGACGAGGACAAAGGCGAGAAGACCCCCGUGGAUGAGAAGGAGGCUCAGUCUGUGCCCAACAUCGAGUACUUGCUCCCCAACAUUGGCCGGACCUCAGCGCCCGGCGAUGCUGCAGGCUCGACGCGCAGCGGCUCCGCUAAACCAAAGGGCACGUGGCCGUCGCGGAAGGCGCCGCCGCACCGGGAGCUCCUCGCCAUCCCCUUCGUCACGGCCGCCGCUCGCAAGAGGAAGAAGAGGAGAGAGGCCGAGGGCAUUGGGAGCAGCACUGACGACGAUGCGGAGCGCAGGGACACCCCGGGCCGGGAGCAGGAGGAUGGGGGCUCCAUGGCCACCCCACCAGCAUCUGGCAAAGCCCCCCGUGGCACCGGCACCGAACCAGCAACCCCCAGCCCAGCCGGAAUGGAGCGGGAGAGCUCCCUGGAGCCCGGGGGUGCCGGGUCUGAUCCUGCGCCGGAUGCUCGCUCCAUCGUGUCGGGCUACUCCACCCUGUCCACCAUGGACCGCAGCCUCUGCUCCGAGGUGCACUCGGUGGCCGGGAGCCGUGGGGAAGAGGCGGAUGAUGAACGCAGCGAGCUCAGCCACAUGGAGACGGACACGGAGAGCCGGGAAGGUGUCCGGACUGGGCAAGCGGAUGGAGGGACCGGAGAUGAGGACAAGGGACCCCUUGGCCGCCCUUCCUUCAACUCCCACCGCCUGAUCCAGUGCGACACGCUGGCCCGCAGGAAGCUGGGGCGACCCCGGCUGGGCAGCGAGACCCCGGCACCCACCGGUGAGGACCAGGGAUGGGUUCCCUUGGGACGACCCUCACUGCGGGAGCAGCUCCGGCAGCGCCUGCGAACCUCAGCUGAUGACAUGGGCGUCCACCUGCGCCGAGCCCACUCCCCGGAGACCCGCCGCAAGAAGAGCAGCUGGCGCCGGCACACGGUGGUGGUGCCCGGUGGCCUCAAGGACCUCAACUUCAACGAGUGGAAGGAGCCGCGGGGGCUGGAGGGGUCCCCGGGACCCUGCCACGACAAGGAUUCGGGGCUCAGCAGCCUCGAGUCCACCAAAGCCCGGCCGCCGGCACAGCCUGGCACUGCCGCCACCACGCCGGGCACCAAGACCCCCCCAGGCAGCCCCGGCCCCCCGGCAACCCUGCGCUUCCCCCAGUGUCUCUGACCCCCCGAGAUGCCCCUGCUGCCGCUCCCCCCUUCCCCGCCAGUGUUUAAUUUAAGGACUCGCCUUCGUUCUUGUAUUUAAUUGUGCUCUGGACAAGCUGCUGUUAUUUAACGAGUCGUCCCCAACGCCGCGGGUGGCUCAAAGCCACCUCGUCCUCCGGACUUCGAGUCCGGUGUCACAGCCUGGCGGUGUCUCACGGUGCCCUGAAGGGACCAGGAGGGUUGGAAGGGGGUCGUGGGGAUGGUCCCCACCCCAGCUGGUGGUGGUCCUGCUGUCCCCCCGCCGUGGCGGUGCGAAGUGCGGGCGCUUCGGCUGCGCUUGUUGGAGCCUUUCCCCACCCUGGGACCCCUCACAGUGCCGUGGGGUGGCUUUGGGGGGUCCCCACGGGGUGGGUGUUUGCACAGGAGCGGGUGUGAUGUUGGGGGACGCUGCUGUCCCCUGUGCUGCCAGGACCCUCCCCAGCCCCGCUCCCCAUCCUGCACCCCGCGGGCCAGAAGCACUUUAGGAAGGGGGUGCAGAACAGCCACCCGGGGGGAUGCACUGGUGGGGGGCAGGGGGACCCCCAGCCUUGGGGUGCAGUGAUCCCUGGCCUCAGGGAUGCAGGGACCCCCCAGCCUUGGGGUGCAGUGACCCAUGUUCUUGAGGACCCCCAGCCUUGGGGUGCAGUCACCCAUGUUCUUGGGAACCCCCAGACUUGGGGUGCAGUCGCCCAUGUUCUUGGGGACCCCCUGCGCUGGGGUGCAGUCACCCAUGUUCUUGGGGACUCCCAGAUUUGGGGUGCAGUCACCCAUGUUCUUGGGGACCCCCAGACUUGGGGUGCAGUGACCCAUGUUCUUGGGGACCUCCAGAUUUGGGGUGCAGUUCGCCCAUGUUCUUGGGAACCUCCAAUCUUGGGGAUGCCGGAACCCCCAUCCUUGGGGAUCAGGGACCCCAAAUCUCGGGGACACAGGGACCCUCAGUUUUGGGGUGCAGGGGGCACACAUGCGCCAUGGGCAGCUGGGGCUGGGGGGGGUCACGUCCCUUCACUGUUUCUCCCUGUCAUUCUCAUGCAUUAUGCAAAUAUUUGCUGUAAAGUUGGGUUUUUUCCCCUUUUUUUUUCCUCUUAUU